AUGGCUGACGCUGAGGAGAAGCGUCGCGCGCCGGAGGUUGUUGACCUGGUGGACGACGAGGACGGAGACAACGAUACCCACAAUGAAGAAGAAGACGUCAUGGAGGACACCGAGGAGGACGCUUGCUGCAUCUGCCAGGACCUGGUGGACGUCCUGAAGCAGGGGGUCCUGUCCGGGUGCGACCACCGCUUCCACUUCGACUGCAUCGUGGCCUGGGCCAAGGUGACCAACCUCUGUCCGCUCUGCAAGACCAAGUUCAACUCGGUCACCCGGCAGGACGCGCAGGGCGUCGUGGUGCACCGAGAGGCCAUCCUCGACCACAAGCAGGUGUACCGACCGGACCCAUCGGACCACGACAUUGCCGCCCAAUUGAGGCUCGUGAACCAGGCGAGGUGCGAGCUAUGCGGCUCUGGGGAGGACGAGCACGUGCUGCUGCUGUGUGAAGCGCUGGGCUGCGGGGUGGCCAACCACACGUACUGCAUUGGACUGCGGGCCGUGCCCAAUACGUCGUGGUACUGCUCCAGACAUGCCACUACGCAGCAGAGAGCGAGCGACGCUAUUGUACGCCCGGCGACGACGGUGUCCACGCGCCGUCGGACGCGAAGACUGGCCAGUUUGAUGUCGAACGUGCUCGGUGGGCGUAGGGAAACUACAGCGACGAGAGCUCGGCGACGAGGAAACCCAAACUUUGUGGCGGUGGGGGAGGCAGAGGACAGACGACCGAUGCGCGGGAUCGCCGCGGCGUAUGCGCUGCGCAUGUCGCGAGAGCUCAUGCAGGUGCAACUGCGCGCUGACGCCAUGUUUGCGCGUGGAGACUUGACGCAGUCGUCUUUGUAUGGUCGGAGGGGUGGAAGCGAUGCCAGUGCUGCUCGUAAUGGAACAAGGUCGACCAUAACACAGUCCGGUUCGUCGGCUAUCGACCAAAUGUGGGAAGAUCAUAGUCGAAGCAGACAGGAACUCGCAGCGGCUGCGAUUGCAGCGCAUGAUCACGGGUCUGGAGGAGAUAAUGGGGGUACGCGGCCAAGCCAGCGCAGCAACAGUGUGUCCAAUACGUUCGCUCCGGAGUAUUGCGAGCUAGCCAAGCUGAUGCAGGAUGCAGUCAGUAGCGACAACUAUGCGUCGUCUGUGACUCUGCUGAUCCCCAAGACGGCCAAGCUGAGGCUGGUAUCUCGAGUGAAAACCUUCUUUGGCCGACUCAACCAGAAGGAGAAGGCCGCUGCAGUUGAACUGGGAUGUCUGGCGGUGCUGCAUCAGUGGAUUCGCGUGGCCGAACAGGAAGGUGGCAAUACCGUCUCUGCGCCCAAUCCUCAAGUGCUGGAUGCAGUGCUCGGGAUAUUGGAGACGCUUCCCGUCCGAAAAGAAGAUCUCGUGGAGGAGCAGGGGUUGCAAGACACUAUGGACAGGCUUUCGGAACUUUCUGAUGUGAGCAUUGAAAAUCGGCAGCGGAUUAUCGAGCUCAGUGAAAAGUGGCGUGAGCUGAACCCUCCAGCGCCAGUUGAGCCACCUCGGUCCCCAGUAAACCCACAAGUGUCGUCGCCAGUUAACGCAGCGCAGAAUUUGCCUGUAAUAACAGCCUUCACCUCUCCAAAGCGACCAGCGCGAUCAAGUAGCAAGCGGAAGCGAAAGCGCGAAGCCUGGUCGGAUACCGUUGUCGAGUACGUGAAGGCAAAGCUGUAUCCGCUUUACAAGCAGAGCGACGGGGCCGGCAAGUUAACGAAAGACCGGUUCAAGGCGAUUGUUAAGGAAGUGGCGGAGCUGUUCUCGCAAGAAGCAGCGUCCAUGCAGUCAGCGUUGCUGCUGCCAUCCGGGGAAUUGUCCAACCUCGCCAAGUCACGUGUCAAGAAACUCAUCGACAGAGUGUACAAGGCGUCCGCAAGCGGGGCUCCUGGUCGCGGAGCUAGUGCCCCAACUCCGUUGCUUAUGCGCGCAGCUGUGCCGGCAUCAACGUACUCUGCAGUCCCGUCUAUCAAGCAUCAACGAAGAAGAUAA